UUAAUGCUGAUAUCCAAAUACCCUGUGUUUUUUUUUGGGAAGAUUGUAUUUAUUUAUUUAUUUCUGAAAAAAACUUGUGGGAAUUUUGUGAGGUUGAGAAUGUUUAGUGUCAACUAAAAAGAACCUUUUUUCCGUGUGGUUCAAUUUACAGGUUGGUCUAGCAAGAACAGUAGAUCCUUUCAUGGUGUUAGCUGUGAAUUGAGGUAAAAAAAUGAGUUUAUGAUUCAAUAUGAUAAUGGUAGAAGUGAGAGAUUGGGGAAUUUUUUCGAUUAUUGGAUGUUUAUGUGGUGGUCUUCAUGCAAUUCUUGGAGGAUAACAAUGGAGGGUUCAUCUGAGUCUGCUUGGCAGCAGGAGUGUGAUAGUUCUAGGGCAUUGGAUACUUCUGGUGUCUCAGAUAGGGGUCCGAGUUUGUUUCGUGCAGAAAGGACCGGCAUUUCAGGUGAUUUUGGGUUUACGGAAGAGGAUGGUAGGGACGUGUUGACUCACAAUGAUAACCUUAGAAGCCAAAUUGGUGUUUCCGGGGUUUGUGAGACGGCAGUAAACCCUUUUGUUCGUUCUAUUGAAUGGGGUGAUAUUAGCUUGAGGCAAUGGUUGGAUAAACCAGAAAGAUCGGUUGAUGUCUUUGAAUGUUUGCACAUUUUUAGACAAAUAGUUGAGAUUGUAAAUAUAGCACAUUCACAAGGGAUCGUUGUUCAUAAUGUUCGACCUUCGUGCUUUGUCAUGUCCUCGUUUAAUCACAUUUCCUUCAUUGAAUCUGCAUCUUCUUCGGAUUCGGGAUCGGAUUCUGUCGAGGAUGCAUUAAAUAGCCAAAAUAUGGAAGAAGUUAAGGGUUUGUCCUCUACUUUGCCCCUUGACAUGCAUCAACAACGUAGGCUGAUAAAAGAUUAUGUACAAACUCCAACAAAUGCUUUAUCUGAAGCUAGUUGCAUGCAGUCGGGCUCAGUUUGUCCAAGGAAUGCUCAAUUAGAGGAGAGCGAAGAAAAUAAAAUCAUCGACUAUCGAAAUUCUGAGCAAGUAGAAGAGAAAAAGCAACCAUUCCCUAUGAAACAGAUGUUGCUUAUGGAGACCAGUUGGUACACCAGUCCCGAAGAGGUUGCUGGCUCUCCCAGUACAUGUGCUUCCGACAUCUAUAGGUUGGGAGUUCUCCUUUUCGAGUUAUUCUGCCCUUUCAGCUCAAGAGAAGAGAAGACUAGAACUAUGUCUAGUUUAAGACAUCGAGUUCUUCCUCCACAGUUGCUACUAAGGUGGCCGAAGGAAGCUUCGUUUUGUUUGUGGUUGUUGCUUCCUGAGCCAAAUAGUCGUCCAAAAAUGGGUGAGUUGUUACAGAGCGAGUUUCUUAAUGAACCAAGGGAUAAUCUGGAAGAACGUGAAGCGGCAAUAGAGCUCCGGGAGAGAAUAGAGGAGGAGGAGUUACUGGUGGAAUUCCUUUUGCUUGUACAACGAAGGAAACAGGAAGUCGCUGAUAGGUUGCAAGAUACUAUUUCUUUUCUGUGUUCCGACAUUGCAGAAGUUAUGAAGCAGCAAGCAAUCUUAAAGGAAAAGGGAAACUCAUGCAUGGAACCAGGGAAAGAUGACAAUUCUACAUCGAAUCUUCCCUCAAUAAAUAUUGUCGAUAUUGAUGAUUCUUCUAGCUUGGGAUCUAGAAAACGAUUUAGACCAGGACUUAGGGUUCCAAAUGUUGAAGAAUGUGGUGAUAAUCUAGAAACACGUCAAAAGUCUGAUACACAGACUGAAAAUCGAGAAAGUUUUCUCCAGAAAAGUUCUCGGUUGAUGAAAAACUUUAAGAAACUCGAGGCAGCAUAUUUUUUAACAAGGUGCAGACCAGUGAAGCAAUCCGGGAAGCCAUCAUGUAGACAAACACCAUUGAAUAGUGAUGGCCGAGGAUCGAUUGUUAUGACCGAAAGAAGUUCCGUCAAUAAUUUAACAUCGAAAGAGAGCUGUAGCGAGAGCUUGGAAAGUGGAUGGAUAAACCCAUUCCUUGAGGGCUUGUGCAAGUAUCUAUCUUACAGCAAGUUAAAAGUUAAGGCAAAUUUGAAACAAGGAGAUUUAUUAAAUUCUUCUAAUCUGGUAUGCUCUCUCGGAUUUGAUCGCGACGCAGAAUUUUUUGCUACAGCUGGUGUAAAUAAGAAGAUUAAAGUAUUUGAAUGCGAUGCGGUCAUAAAUCAAAAUCGUGACAUCCACUAUCCUGUGGUUGAAAUGGCUAGUCGUUCAAAGCUAAGCAGUAUAUGUUGGAAUAGUUAUAUUAAAAGUCAGAUUGCAUCGAGUAACUUUGAAGGAGUGGUGCAGGUGUGGGAUGUCACAAGAAGUCAAGUACUCACUGAAAUGAGAGAACACGAGAAACGCGUAUGGUCCAUCGACUUUUCAUCAGCAGAUCCAACAGUUUUGGCUAGUGGGAGCGAUGACGGCUCUGUAAAGCUAUGGAGUAUCAAUCAGGGAGCAAGUAUUUGUACCAUCAAGACAAAGGCCAAUGUUUGCUGCGUCCAGUUUCCUUCCGAAUCUGGUCGUUCUCUUGCAUUCGGAUCAGCUGAUCAUAAAAUUUAUUACUAUGAUCUUCGAAACUCUAGGAUUCCUUUGUGCACACUAGUUGGACACCAUAAAACCGUGAGUUACGUCAAGUUUGUUGAUGCAAAUACUCUCGUGUCUUCUUCCACGGAUAAUACUUUGAAGCUUUGGGAUUUGUCAGUGAGCAAUUCUCGGGUUAUUGAUACUCCCGUUCAGUCCUUUACCGGCCACAUGAAUGUAAAGAACUUUGUGGGCUUGUCGGUAUCCGAUGGUUACAUUGCUACUGGCUCCGAGACUAAUGAGGUAUUCAUAUACCAUAAAGCUUUCCCGAUGCCAGCGUUGACAUUCAAGUUCAACAACAUGGAUCCACUUUCCGGACAAGAAAUGGAUGAUGCCGCGCAGUUUAUCUCGUCUGUUUGUUGGCGUGGCCGGUCUUCUACCCUAGUAGCUGCAAAUUCCACCGGGAAUAUCAAAAUUCUGGAGAUGGUUUAGUUUGGCCUACUUCUCUUGGAUUCAUCAUCCAUGGUUGAAGCAAGAACACAAACAAAAUCCGUGCUCCGUGCUGGCACAAAAACUUCGAACGAAUAAGGACAGGUAUCAGACAUUGGGGAGUAUUAAAAAGAGUAUAGCAUUUGAGCAAAAAACAAAAACAUUUUUGGCUGUAGAUGAUAACAGAUGCAAUUAACAUGAAGAUUGAGAAUGACUUCAUCAAAUAUGUGUAGAUAAAACUCAAAAAGGAAAACAAAAAGACAGCAAUUGAAUCCUCUUGUAUAUUUUGUAAUGCUUAUAUAGUUCAUAGUCAUUUUUUAGCAA